CGUGCUGAGUCAUCCAAAGACAAAGAAAGGCCACCAGCUCAGCUCCUCCGCAAGACAGAGUCCCCGUGCAUCGCUCACCGGCGAGGCCUCGUGCCAAUCGGAUAAGGGAAACUUUCGGAGACGUCCGGCGAGCCCUUAUCCGAACCCAAGGCACCAUCAUUUCUCUGAGCUGCUACGACCUCCCACUAUUCUCCCGGAGUCUGCAUGAGUAGGCGAGUCCACGCGCCGUCCUUCAGGGCAGGGCACUCGAGGCAUCGUCGUCACCCAUGGGUGUGGUUAUCAUCUCUCGUCCCCCGCCUUCGGUUCUCUUUGGUACCUUCCCUCUCCGUCGAGCCCCAUCUACACUACGACGCCGUUUCGCUUCCCGCCGGGGUUUUUUUCCCAGUGCUCCUUGCCGUUUGGUUCCCGAGAAAAGGUUGGACAUUUUCAAUUCAAGAUGUUCAAUAACAGAUACUGAUAUAGAUUUUAACCAUAUUGAUACUGAAGGGGAGGACCAGGAAGAUUUGCCAACUAUUGCUUCUAGUUGUUCAGUCCCAAUUGUCCAUAUCAAACCUGAUAUUAUUGAGAGCGAAUCCUUGAAUUUACUAACUGAAGACACUUAUAUAGACAGUAUUUUUACGACAUUGCCUGUUCUAUCAGAGGAGGAGCAGCACACCCUUGCUGCAAUUCCUGCCCAUCCAGCAGGAUUGUAUGCUUUAUAUGCCAAUUGCUUAGCUGGGAAUAUGGUGGAGCAGCUCUGGAAUUUUGCUUGGCCUGCUGCUAUUGCAUUAAUUCAUCCAAGCCUCCUACCAGUAGCAGUCAUUGGCUUCUUCACCAAGCUUGCAAUAGUUGUUGGGGGCCCUUUGGUUGGCAAAUUCAUGGAUCGUUUCCCCAGAGUACCUGCUUAUAAUUGUUUAAGUUUUGUCCAGGCAGCUGCUCAGUUGUUAUCUGUAGCAAUGAUUAUUAAUGCCCACACUGCCCCCCCAACUAUUGCAUCCUCUCUGCUUUUCCGACCUUGGUUUGUUGUACUAGUAUUGGCUGGAGCUGUUGAGCGACUGUCUGGAUUGGCAUUGGGGGUUGCUAUGGAGCGUGAUUGGGUUGUGCUGCUAGCAGGGACGAAUAGGCCAAUUGCCCUUGCACAGGCAAAUGCUGUUCUCAGCCGAAUUGAUCUUUUUUGUGAGAUAGCUGGAGCGUCACUCUUUGGCAUUCUUCUAUCUAAAUAUGAUCCAGUGACCUGCCUCAAGCUUGCUGCUGGUUUCAUGAUAUGGGCUUUGCCUGUGGUGGUUUGUCUCACAUGGUUAACCAACAAGCUUUCUACUGGAGUUCUUGACCGCACUAAAUCUCCACAGGCCUGUUGCAAAACUUUCAGCGAGGGCUGUCUUCCUGACAACGAAAGUUUAGUGGAAAUAGGCAUGGAUGCUAUCAAGCAGGGAUGGUUGGAAUACGUGCAGCAGCCUGUCCUUCCUGCAAGUUUAGCCUAUGUUCUCCUUUACUUCAAUGUUGUUCUCACACCGGGUGGUUUGAUGACAGCCUUUUUAACUCAACGAGGUCUAAAUCCAUCUAUCAUUGGAGGGUUUAGUGGAUUAUGUGCUUUCAUGGGUAUUGCUGCAACAUUUGUGUCAUCAAAUUUGGUUAGGCGGCUUGGUAUUUUAAAGGCUGGAGCAGUUGGAUUGAUAUUACAGGCUUCACUUCUCACUGUAGCUGUUGCUGUGUAUUGGAGUGGUUGUCUUUCUCAGCAAACUCCACUUCUUUUCUUCCUGUGUUUGAUUGUGUUAUCAAGGUUAGGACACAUGUCAUAUGAUGUUGUAGGGGCACAGAUUCUUCAAACUGGGAUCCCAUCAUCCAAAGCAAAUCUUAUUGGGACAACAGAGGUUUCUGUUGCAAGUUUGGCAGAGUUUGUAAUGUUGGGAGUUGCAAUAUUUGCAAAUGAUAUUUCGCAUUUCGGUUUUUUAAUGAUGCUAUCACUCUUAUCGGUGGUUGGAGCAGCAUGGAUGUUCUGUCGAUGGUUAGUGAGUCCAACUGAGGAACAAAGAAAUCUUUUCUCAUUUGAUCCUCAGUUUUGAUUCCCAUUUUGCUAUGUCUCGUCCUGGAUUGGUUUAGAUGAAAAGUAAAGUGUUUGAAAAGGUUCCAUAGUGUAGAUUAAGAAAAUUGAAGGGUUGGUUUGGAGACGAACUCAAGCAGGAUUGCUUUUCAACAUAUUGUCUAUCCUUGUUGAAGUAGAGAAACCUGAAUUCCUGUUUCUCAACUUGAAGUCCUGAGAUCUGUUAUUAUUUCUUUCUCACAAUAGGGCCAUAUGACUGGUCCAAUUGGGGUUGUGGUAACAGUUCUUACUUUCAUCAUUCACUUGGGUCACGGCUUCCUAGAGCUUUUUUAUCUAGUUAAUAAUUGAAAUGAGUACAGAAUUUUGGGUUCUAUUCGGUUUGUAAACCUUUUAGUUGAACACGGCUUGAGUGAGUUGGAAUGGAUUAGCAUUUUAAUGGUAUUUAGAUUUCUUACGUUGCUUGUUUCAUCUUCAUAUGGCCUACAGUAGCUCCUGCAAUUUCAUUGAUGCAAAAGAUUUUAACAUUGAUCAAAGCCAAGUUAUAUCAACGUCUUACAAUGCCCACAUUUUAUUUUUGCAAGGAAGCCUGAGGUAUGUUGUCGCAACCCAUUUUGUUGCUGUCUGUUUCUAUAGCUAAAAGGCUUCCUGUGUAUUCUGUAACUUGCCUUUAUUUUAUAUCAGGAGUCAAUUCAUUUAGACUGAUAGUACCAUUUACCCAUUUUCCCUUCUGAGUGGAGAUUGGGUGUAAAUUUUCACUGGGGCCUGAACUGUGACAAGUUUUGGAUACAUUUGUAAGACAUUCAAUCAGUCAAAAGUCUAUUUCCAUCAAUAAGAGCUGCAAAAAGGAGUGGAUACACUUGUAAAGCAUUCAAUUAAACAAAAAUUCUUUUCUCCAUCAGUGAAUUGUUCUUGAC